AUGUCAGCAGCCCAAAUGGCACCAGCCAGGCCAAUGGGAAAGUCGGCCGACUGUGUGAGCCAACGCGCUCAGCAGGCUCCGCUCUACGACGAGGUGGCAGUCAUGGCCGUGGGGCGCAUCCUUGAGCAAGGUCCGGCCAAGAAGCUCUGGGUCAAGGAUGGAGCCCUGCGUCGCAUGGCCAAGGAGCAAGGCUUGGACUCUUCCAAGAUGACAAAGCCGGACGCCAUAGCAGCCCGACUCGCACCCGUCUGGGGCUGGGAGGUGAGCCCCCAGGAAGAUGCGGCCUUCGGCGACGAGUUCGCGGUGUCCAUGAAGAAGGCCAAGAGCUGA